AUGGCGGACUCUCGUCGUUCUGUGCCUAAAGCACCGGUAGAAGUUCGCAUAGGCAAUUAUAUAAUUGGCGAAACCCUUGGUUCCGGCACAUUUGGCAAGGUGAAAGUUGCAAUCCACAAGUCAACUGGUGUCCAAGUCGCAGUCAAGAUCGUGAAUAGAGAUAAGAUUAAAGCUCUAGAUGUUGCUGGUAAGCUUCGACGAGAAAUUCAGAACCUCUGGUUAUUUCGUCACCCUCAUAUAAUAAAGCUAUACCAGGUCAUAAGUACCCCAACUGAUAUAUUUAUGAUAAUGGAGUACGUAAGUGGCGGAGAGCUAUUUGAAUUUAUCGUUAAAUCUGGAAAAAUAAGCGAGAGGGACGCUCGUAAAUUCUUUCAACAAAUUAUAUCCGGUGUUGAUUACUGCCAUCGUCAUAAGGUUGUUCAUCGUGAUCUCAAACCGGAGAAUCUUUUGUUGGAUUGCAAUCACAACGUAAAGAUAGCCGAUUUCGGUCUAUCAAAUAUUAUGCAAGACGGCGAAUUUCUACGGACAUCCUGCGGAUCACCUAACUACGCCGCUCCGGAGGUUAUAUCGGGGAAAUUAUAUGCCGGUCCUGAGGUUGAUGUUUGGUCAUGCGGUGUGAUCUUGUACGCUCUCCUUUGUGGAACGCUCCCCUUUGAUGAGGAACACAUCCCCACCCUUUUUAAGAAGAUUAAGUUACUGAUUUUAUAUCUUCCCGAAUCGCAGGUUCGUGAUCUCUUGAAGAAAAUGCUCACUGUGGAUCCAAUCAAACGAAUCAGCAUCGACGACAUUCGCAAACACCCCUGGUUUGUAGUCGAUCUGCCCCCGCAUCUUUUUCCUCAAGAACGGGAUGAGGAUGCCUCCAUAAUUGACAAGGUGUUAAUUUUGUCUUUAACCUUUUUUGUCAUGUAG